CGGCACGGGAUUGGCCAGUGCCAACUUCUGGGCCCGAGACGGUGACCGCCUAGCUGAAUGUAGGAAAUAUUGCCGUCGAUCCAUCGGAUACCGAGGACUCACUGUAACUCUUCUUCUCUUGCCUACUCCAAUCUUCGCUACCUGACUUUCGCCUGGUUCCUUUUUUUGUUUUUUCCCCCCUCCAUUGCAUUUUAACCCCUCUGUGUAAACACGGUCGAUAAUCCCCGUUUUCUUGUAUUCUUUAAUGCCUGGACCGAUCCCGGGAGAAUCUUCGUUUAUAACUCCCGUCUUCUUCCUCACGACCUCCUUUGCCCACCCAUUGCGUUCUGUGCAUGCGCCGUCAACCUUGUGAACCCUCCGCGGUUUCAUAAUCGAUCAAUUCGGCAUCCUCCUCCUUCUUGUCUCCACUCUGGACUCAUUGCGUCACCUGUAGAGCGUCCGUUAAACAUCACCGAUUUUGCUGCUGUCGCCCGUUUGGGAUAUUUGCCCAUGCCACGAUAACACGAUUCGUGACAGAUUGUGAUCGAGCUUGGUUUGGUCGAGUCCAAUCGUUAGGACAUUGAAAUGGAAUCCAAAACGGACUCCGCACCCGCGCUGAAGCAAGCUUCUCGCGAAGAGGCCUCUGAGAUUGCGCAGGUAGUCCAGCAGGUACCGGUUACCGACCUUUCAGCGAAACAUAUCUCCGAGAACGAGGUUAGUCCCGAUGCCGCCGAACGAGUAUACCCAAUUCGGUCAAUGGUCUUUGUCGAUCCCUCGUCGACUACUGCGCCGUCUGACGAUCCGAUCUCACCAGUGAGGGGAGCCAGGCAGUAUUCGAUAAUCGAUUCGCGAACAUGGGAUGAACUGCAGUUACAACGCAAGUCAGAUACAGAAGUCGUAGCGGCUCCGAUUGUGGCAGCUCAACUGCCCACGGAAGCACCGGGUUCCGGUAGCGAAACCCUUGUCCAGAGCCCCGCCACCCCCGCCAAUGCGUCGUUGGAGAGCCCGGUGGAGGCAAACGGAGCGUCGCACUUAGUUACCACGCGAUUUAAACACGUCGAAACGGACGAUGGCCACGCUGUUCUCACCGGAAGAACGGUUGAUUCUUUUCGGGCCUGUGAAGAUGAGCCGAUUCACAUCCCCGGCGCAAUUCAAACGUUUGGUGCGAUGAUGGCCCUGCGCGAGGAGUCGGAAGGAAAAUUAGUAGUUCGCGUGGUCAGUGAGAACUCAGAAAGUAUCCUUGGCUACUCACCCCACAGUCUCUUUGCAUUGGAAAACUUUUGUGACAUCCUCGAUGAGGACCAGACGGAAACUCUCUUAGAUCAUGUUGACUUCAUCCGCGAUGAGGCGUACGAUCCUAGUGCCGAUGGUCCCGAAGUGUUCAUCAUGUCCAUCACCAGCCCAGCAGGCCAGGCGGUGCGACUCUGGUGCGCCAUCCAUGUCAAUCCUGCUAACCCGGGCCUGAUCAUCUGCGAGUUCGAGCUGGAAGAUGAUCGUGCCAAUCCAAUCAGCGGCUCCAGUGGUCCGUCUCCCUCGGUGCCAGUUGAUACCCUGGGUGUUGAAUUCACUCCGGAACAGUUCGCGGAAAGCACCAUCAACAUCAGCCAGCCACUUCGGUUGCUGCGGAACGCGCGAAGGCGAAAGGGCGAAGCCGCCGCAAUGGAGGUUUUCAGCAUUGUGAGCCAGGUUCAGGAACAGAUGAAUCGCGCCGAAACAUUGGACUUGCUGCUUAACACCACCGUGGGGAUUGUUAAAGAGCUGACGGGAUUUCAUCGAAUCCUGAUCUAUCAGUUUGAUGGCCAGUGUAAUGGUGUUGUGGUUGCUGAGUUGGUUGAUCCGAGGUUCACCGUAGAUCUUUAUAAGGGCUUACACUUUCCCGCCUCCGAUAUUCCCAAGCAAGCUCGAGAUUUAUACCGCAUCAACCGUGUCCGCUUGCUUUAUGACCGUGAGCAAGUGACAGCACGGUUGGUUUGCCGUACUGUGGAAGAUCUGGAGCGACCCUUAGAUAUGACACACGCAUACUUGCGUGCAAUGUCGCCCAUCCAUUUGAAAUAUUUGGCCAACAUGGAAGUGCGUGCCUCAAUGUCUAUCAGCAUCAACGGCCCCAGCGAGCUGUGGGGAUUGAUCUCUUGCCAUACCUACGACACUGGCAUGAGAGUCUCGUUCCCACUCCGAAAAAUGUGUCGACUGAUUGGAGAAACACUGUCGCGUAACAUCGAGCGUCUCUCAUAUGCAUCGCGUCUGCAGGCGCGCAAACUGAUCAACACUGUCCCAACGGACGCCAAUCCGUCUGGCUCUUUGAUGCUGAUUUUGGUGCCUUAUCGAUCCGCGACGAGACCAAAAUCUUGGGUGGGUCGACCCAUCAAGAGAUGUUGGCUUUGCUGGAAUAUCUCCGAAUGCGCCGGAUUAACUCUGUCCUCGCGUCGCACAACAUCAGGAAAGAUUUCACGGACCUCAAGUACCCCCCGGGGUUCAAAUGGUCGACUGACUGAAAUCAAAUGGGGCGGCAACCCCUAUGAACAGAAGGAGAAGAUCGGUAGGCUCGAACCGCGACAGAGCUUUCAGAUUUGGAAAGAAACCGUCCUGGAUCAGUCUCGAGAAUGGACGGACUCUGACGUGGAGACUGCUGCCGUUUUAUGUCUGGUGUACGGCAAAUUCAUCAAAGUAUGGCGGCAGAACGAGGAAGCCAUGCAGGGCUCGCAGUUGACCAAGCUUCUUCUGGCAAACUCCGCCCAUGAGGUGCGGACUCCCUUAAACGCGGUCGUUAAUUAUCUGGAGAUUGCACUGGAAGGUGCGCUGGAUAAGGAAACCAGGGACAAUCUCACCAAGUCGUACUCCGCGUCGAAGUCAUUGAUUUACGUAAUUAACGACCUACUCGACCUGACAAACACGGAAAAGGGCCAGGAUCUCAUUAAGGACGAGCCCUUCGACCUUGAGGCGACCUUCAAGGAAGCGACUGGCAUGUUUGAGAGCGAGGUGGAACGGAAAGGGAUCAACUAUACCGUUUUACCACACCCUGGCAUCCCUCCAACAGUUAUCGGGGAUCAAAGGCGUGUACGGCAGGCCAUGUCCAAUCUGAUCUCGAACGCUAUUCAGCAUACAUCUGGUGGUGACAUUAUCGUCGAACUCUGGCGCCAGCCGGGCCGUGCAGAGGAUGGCUCCGCAACGGUGCAAAUCGCAGUCCUUGACACGGGCUCGGGCAUAUCUCAAGCUCGACUUGAGACCUUGUUCCAGGAGCUCGAACAGGUCUCUGCAGAGAGUGACAUCCGCGGCCCGGGUGAAAAUGGACAGGACAAUCUACGCGAAGUCGUGGAUGAGACAGAAAAGCAGGUUCUGGGAUUGGGGCUGGCGACAGUCUCUCGCGUCGUUCGUAAUAUGCAAGGGCAACUUAGUGUUCGAUCCGAGGAAGGCAAAGGUAGCCGGUUUCAGAUCACGUUGAAUUUCCCUCUACCGGCCGAUGCCGCCACUGCCAAAGACGAGUCCGAAAUCCCUGUUCACAAUGUUGUACCGACGGUCCCCUUAGAGUCGAAAGAAGAAUUCGUCCUGGUUGAUACUCGAUCCGAGGGACGUAGUUAUGGCGGAAGUGACACCAACAGCGAGAGUGGGAAGGCCACACAGAAACCUCCCACUUCACAGCCAAGCCUAGAUGAAGAAUCUAAGCAUCGCCCAGAGACCUGCGACGGCCCACCAACACAGGAACCUGUACUAGUUGGCCAGCCUCCAGAGACAAAGACCGAGUCCACAUCGCCGACCAAAGAGCCUCCCCCAAAACCCGAUCCGUCUCCUUUACCUGAUACUUUCCGUGUCCUUGUUGCGGAAGACGACCCGAUCAAUAGCAAAAUUAUACAGAAACGACUGACUAAACUUGGCCACACUGUACGCCUAACCGUUAAUGGCGAAGAGUGUGCAAGCGCCUACCGUGCGGACCCUGCUCAGUUUGAUGCGGUCCUGAUGGACAUCCAGAUGCCAAUUGUCGAUGGUAUCGGGUCCACUAAAAUGAUCCGUCAAUUCGAGCAGGAUACCCCGCCCGACUCACUCUCGAGGCUCUCUAAAUUGAACGGCCGAAUACCCGUCUUCGCCGUCUCGGCUUCGCUUCUUGAGAAGGACGCAGAAAAAUACAUCUCUGCAGGCUUCGACGGCUGGAUCAUGAAGCCAAUCAACUUCGAACGGUUAAACACCCUCCUUGCCGGUCUCCGCGAUGACGAUGUUCGCAACAGCGCCACCUAUCAACCCGGUAAAUGGGAGAAAGGUGGCUGGUUUCAAGGGCGCCAACAGCCCCAGUCUCUAUGAUAGCCCAACCUCUAUGAUUUAUUGAACUGAUGAAAAGCUGUCCGUCUGGUUUCACCGACACCUGCGAUGAGCGUUGCGUUAGCAUUUGAUCAACGUUUUUAUGGCAUGAGUAUCCAUUGGUUAAGGAGAAUGCCUACAGUUCUAUGUAUUUCACAUCUGCAUUCAUGUCAUAUAUACCCCAUCAAUCGAUUUAGUUUUACAGAAUGAACUGGAUAUUUAUAUGUUUAUAGAGAUUUCUGC